UUCUUCGUCGUCUCAUUCGUUAUUUAUUAAUUAUGAAUUUAUGAUUGUUGUGUGUAGCAUCGUAGCCAGAAAAGGUGUCACUCCACCGGAGAGCAAAGGAACACAUUUCUCUCCGCACUCACUUCGCUUUCUCUCUCUUUCUCUCUCUCUCUCUCUCUCUAGGGUUUCGGUUAGGGUUUCGCCGUGUUAAGCCAAGCUGGAUAGGCACAGAGGAGAGCGUUACAACAACAACAAUGAUAACUAUCGUCACUCCAACAGGGGCCACUCCCACUCGCGCUUCUCCGAUUCUCCCAUGACCUACCACAACUCGCGUCGGAGCCCCGGCGGCUUCCGCUCCGCCGCCCCCCCGCACCACCGCGCCUUCGACAGUCCGCCGCGUCGCUCUCCCGGCAGGGGCGGGGGCUUCCGGCCGAUGGGCGGCGAGGGUCCUGGGGAAUUCGGAUUCAACGGCCACCAGCCGCCACCGCCGCUUGCCGGCCAGAAACGAGGGUUUCCUUUCUCCGGACGCGGUGGUUCUCCCGAUCGUUUGGAUGGUGGAAGUUUUGCCAAACUUUUUGUUGGAUCUGUUCCUCGAACAGCCACUGAAGAAGAUAUUCGGCCAUUGUUUGAAGAACAUGGGACUGUGAUUGAGGUUGCUCUCAUCAAAGAUAGAAAGACAGGACAACAUCAAGGUUGCUGUUUCAUAAAAUAUGGUACCUCAGAAGAAGCUGAUCAGGCAAUUAGAGCACUGCACAAUCAACAUACUCUUCCUGGAGGUGUUGGUCCAAUCCAAGUGCGAUAUGCUGAUGGUGAACGGGAACGCCUUGGUGCCGUUGAGUACAAAUUAUUCGUCGGUUCUCUGAACAAACAGGCCUCUGUAAAGGAAGUUGAGGAAAUUUUCUCAAAAUAUGGUCGGAUUGAAGAUGUAUAUCUUAUGCGUGAUGAGAAGAAACAAAGUCGUGGAUGUGGUUUUGUUAAAUACUCUCACAGAGAUAUGGCUCUGGCGGCUAUUAAUGGACUUAAUGGAACCUACACAAUGAGAGGUUGUGAGCAACCACUAAUUGUUCGGUUUGCUGAUCCCAAAAGGCCUCGUCAAGGAGAUUCCAGGGGUCUUUCAUUUGGUGGCCCAGGAUUCGGUCCUAGAUUUGAUGCACCAGGCACAAGACAUCCGUCUAAUAUUACAGAUCCUAUGGGUGAUCGUAUGCCUCCCCCUAAUGCUUGGCGUCCAAUGCAUCCGCCUAAUAUGGGGCCUUCCUCUAAUGCUGGUCUUCAUGGCAUGGGACCACCAUUGCUUCCAAGAUCUGGUGACAUGGCAUUGCCUACAAAUGCAGGUGGUCCUAUGACUGGCUUGGGUGGCUCCAUAGAUGGUCGUUAUCAAGUUCAGUCUGUGCCAUCGAUGUCACAACAGAAUUUCAAUCAGCCCAUGCCACAAAUUCCACCAGUCAAUCAACAAGUAUCACCAAUGCAGAAACCUAUUCAAUCAUCUCAGGAACUGCCACCUUCCCACCAGAUGUAUCCUCAAGCACCUGUUCCCUACCCACAAACAUCUCUUAGGCAGCAUGGCCCCCCUCUCUCUGCUGGUCCUCUUCUGUCUCAGCAGAUGCAUGGAGUAAGUGCACAGUUUCCAACAUCUCAGUCCCAAGCUCAACAGGGUGCUUUGUCUACUGCAAUUCCUCAGACCCCUCUUGAUACCGGAAAGCAAUCUAAUACUGCAUUUACUACUCCAAAUCAACAAGUUCCUCCCUCUGUGCAGCAACAGCCACUUCAGCCUCUUCAGCAAUCCCCUUCUCCAUUAGCUCAGAUGUUGUCACAACAGACACAGACUUUGCAAGCAAGUUUUCAUUCAUCUCAGCAGGCCUUUUCCCAGCUUCAACAACAAUUGCAGAUGAUGCAACCUUCUAGUCAAGCAUUGACAUUGCAGCAAAAUGCAGAAACUACUAAAAAGCAGUCUCAAUGGGUUGGAAAUGUAGCACAAGUAGUGGCCAGCACUCAUGCAGCUGCACCAGCUGCAGAUGUGCCUUCAUCCACUCCUGCUACUUCUGCCUUACCAGCUGCAAUAAGCCAGAACAUGGCUCUUGCCAAAUGUAACUGGACAGAACAUAUCUCUCCGGAGGGCUUCAAGUAUUACUAUAACAGUGUCAUUGGUGAAAGUCGGUGGGAAAAACCUGAGGAAUUGACGUUAUAUGAACAAAAGCAACAGCGAAGGUCAUCUGUUCAGCAGUCCCAAAUUCAGACACAACCUUCAAUACUACCUGCCCAACAAGCUGUACAUAUCCAACAGGUUCAACCCCAAAGUCAUCUCCAAGGACAGGUUCUCCCUCAGCAACAAAUACAGCAGCCUUUGUCUUCUUCAUUCCAGGCAUAUGGAGCUGCGGGUCCUCAAAAUGUUCAGGAAGUUGGUUAUAAACACUUGCAUGCAUCGGUCAUUUCUAGUGGUGAUCCUGUUCGUUACUCACAGGGUAUUCAUUCUACACAAGAGUUGAUGUGGAAAAAUAAGCCUGCAGGAGUUUGAACUUUGAUGGGUUGAGCUCUAGGCGGCACAUAACAGAUGUUGCAGAUUUUAAAUGGCUGUGAACAGGAUCUCUUAUCUAAUGUUUAAAGGUAGGAGGGGAGGGGCCCACCGGCUUCAUUUUGAUCCCAAGUGAAUUGUAACAGUUUAUUUGCAUUGCCGAGUUAUUUUGGCCCUCAUUGUCCAGAUUUCGCUAAUCACUCUGCCCUAGGAUGUGGGAUUCAAAAUACAUGCAAGGGAAAUGCCCUACCCAGAUCAUCGUCUUGUACCAUAAUAUUUGCUUAAAUAUAAAUUAUAACUCAACCAUUAAUUUUAGGGACAGAAAACUUGCAAAAUUUCUUCGGUGCUUGCGAUCCUAAUAAAAUUAUAACGGCUAUUGAGGACUU